AUGGACGCUCCGAGACUCGAGAUCGAUCAGGCCGGACGCGCGAGAGUAGUCAUGCCAGCACCACCGCCACCACCACCAAAGAAGCCUUGCGUGCCCCAGCCACGUGCUCCCGAACUGGUCAUUGACGAUCAUGGAUUUGCCAGGGUCGUGUUUCCCCCCAAGGAAUUGCGGUUGGGCGAUUGUGUUGCUGUCCAUUUGCGAGUCGGCCUCCAUCCGGAAUCGUAUGAGCGCACCCAGUUACCGGAAGAAGGUAUAGUAGUGUCCCUGAGUCUUGUGCCCUAUUCCACAGUAUUUUGGCUCACGCAGCGUAUAGAUCUGGAUGUUGAUGAAGAAGUUGUUCCUCCAGCCGCACGCUUCCGUGAAGCUGAUGAUAGGCCGAUUUGCGAGCCGACAACGCCGCAGAAUGGCAAUUUGGCUAUGAUUCCUGCACCUCGCACAUUCAAGUUCGACGAACGACGAGCUUUGGAAAACAUACCAAGCGAUUGGCAGGAACAGCAAGAAAUACAUCGAAUCAACCACCCUCCGGUCUUGCCACCAGUCGUUUGGAUCAAGCAAGCCGACGCAAACACACGUCUCCGCCAUGCAGUUGAUGUGUUGACCGUCAAUGGUGAGAAAUACGUCAGGAUUGAUCAGACACAUUUUUUGUAUGCUGUCAAUGCGGAUUGGCUCCAGAAUGGCGAGAAUGUCACAAUCCGCCAAGCGCAAUACCGCCAUUGGAAUGCUGCUAGAGGUGCUGGUCGUCCAGAGAUCCUCUUCAUGUUGUAUCCGCUCGGAGAAUGGGCGUAUACACCCAUCAACAACCGCCGGAAAAAGGCUCCUCAAGAAUUCCUUCCUCAGCUGGACAACUAA